AUGGCACAACCUGACAUGCAUGUAGCAAUGCCUGGCAAUGUAAAUGGAUAUAGUGAACCGAACCAUUUUAUUAUUUGGCUGGAUAAACAUAUUGGAAAACCUGGCGACUCAGGUUCAAAAGGAAGAAUUAUUGUACCAAGUCUCGUCGCAAAUUUUCCGGAAACUUUUGUAGUAGGACAUUGGAUGUAUAUAUUUUGUGCCAAUAUGAAUAUGGUAUACGUUAAAGGUGCUGAGCCGCCAACUAAUACUUGGGCACUUCAAUACCUAGAUCAUGUUUUAAUGUUUGAUCAUCAAGACGAUUUAUUGGCUCGCAUGCUACUGGAUAUUGGUCAUUAUUUUUUUGCCGAAGGAAAACGUCUAGCUAAUGAAGAACAUCUUUAUAGUGCUUGUCAGCACUAUGAAUGGUCUAAAAAAAUGUACCGACGAUAUGAAAUAACGGAGGAAAAAAAGAAGAGUACUGAAAUCGGCGAAAUCGACGAACAUAUAAGGGAUGUCGAACAACGACUUAAUCCACCGAAUGAUGACGAUGAUGAUCGAGUGGGCGAAUCAGCUUCUUGA